ACAGAAAGUGAAUCAGUGUGUUGCAGAAAAGAGUAAAAGGUAUUUAAUUUUCACAACCUCCAAGCUUACCGACCACCACCCAUUUCUCUUCACUGGUUGUGUUCUCAAACCCUAGAAAUAUAAAACACAAAUACCCAAGUGGAGUAAUUGGGUUCAUCCAACAAACCCUAGAGAGAGAAAGUAGCAAUACACAAAGCACAGUCCCAGAAUCUCAGCUCAAACCCGGAUCGACUAUGGCGGCUUUUUCCCCUUCCAGGUACUUGACAGCCCUUUCUUUACUCUUUCUCUACUUCAAAACCCUGUCCGCAUACCCAAAUUCGUCCUUUUCUUUCAAGAAUUUCGAUAAAGAUUCGAACUUUGAGUCCCAACUCGCUCUAUACGGUGAUGCCAAGAUCGAUAAUGGUGGUUCGUCCGUACAACUCACUGGGUCGUCGAGUUCAAGCGCCGGGCGACUCAUUUACAAGAAACCCAUCAAGCUGGGGGAAGGAAACCCAAAGAGAAUGGUGUCUUUUUCGAGUUAUUUCUCGUUUUCGAUUUCGCCGGAAAAUGGUGAUGGUUUAGCUUUUGUGAUGUUUCCAAUUGGGUUUCCUUUGAAUGUAUUCGAUGGUAGCUCAUUUGGGUUGUUGGUUGAGAGGAAAAUAAGGGUUUUUACUGUUGAAUUUGAUACAUCGAGGGACGAUAAGUAUGGUGAUUUGAAUAGCAAUCAUGUUGGGAUUGAUAUCGGUAGUCUUGUAUCAGUGAAAGUGGCCAAUGUGUCUUCUAUCAAUUUGGUACUCAACAGUGGUGAGAAAUUGCAAGCUUGGAUUGAUUAUGAGGUGGGUUCGAAGCGAUUAGAGGUGAGGUUGAGUAAAUUAGGUGAGAUUAGGCCAGAGAAACCACUGCUUUGGUGUCCAUUCGAUUUGUCACAAAUCUGGAGAGAAGAGGAGGUGAUUGUGGGGUUAAGCUCAUCAAAUGCAAAUUCUUCACAAAAAUGUAUUGUGCUUUCGUGGAGCUUCAAGCUAAGGCAAGUUCCCUCUUGGAUGCAUUCUCAACCAUUGGAUCCCAAGGCUUUUUCCGAGAACACGAAAGCUCUGAGAGUUCCUAAGAGGAGUGAUUGUGUUCAGCGAGUUCUUGGUGCCCUGAUUUUCGGCACUGGGUGCGGAGCAUUGGGGGCAUUUCUAGUAUUGUUGGCGUGGACCACAUUUGGGAAUAGGCGUCCGGUGGUGCCGGAGGAGUUUGUUAUGCACCCUGUGGAAUGUGAUUACAAGAAGUUCAAAGUAGUAGUGGAUAAACCCAUGGAAGAUGGUAAGAAGUAGGUGUUUGACUUUGGUUUAGUUGAAUGUUUUGUGUUGUAAAUUCAUCUUCUUUCUCCCCUUCUUGAAUGUUGUUGUUUUAUUUUGUUGCUGUAAUUUGAUGAUCAAUCAUCAAAAUGUAGUUUUACUAAAUAUUGUCCAAUGUUCUGAUCAUUAAGAUGCAGCAUCAAAUUGGAAAAAUGGAGUAUCAGCACUCUUAUUGUUUAGACA